UCAUAUGGAUUCUAUUGGCUUUCAAAAUAUCUCAUCAGUUCUCUUGUAAACAAGCUCAUUUUCGAUUUUAUUCCCUUCCCUUCUCUUAGCAUUAAAAUUUGCAAGGUUAUUUUUUUCAUGCUCUCCGUUUGAUCUGAAUCGAGCAUAUAUGUUUAUAUAAAAAAUCUAUUAGUUGACAAAUGACUAUCUUUCAGAAAUCAAAAUAAACAAUUGGUAGGGGUGACCAAAAUUGUCUAAAAAUAAUACAUUUUAAUAAAAGUUUUAGUUCGUUUUAUUUGAAAGUUAUUUGUGAAGUUAUUUAUGCUAUUUUCUUUUAAGAAAGACUUUUAAAAAAUAAUUUAAAAAAAAUUAUACUCGAGAGAAAAUAAACAACAACAACCAAAAAAAAAAAAAAAAUGGUUGAACCGAUAUUUGAUUAUCAAUUUCGAAUUAUUGUUGUAGGAGAUAGUACCGUUGGUAAAAGUGCUCUUUUACGUGCUUUCACAGAAGGUAAAUUUUCAGAAACUUGCGAUCCUACGGUUGGUGUAGACUUUUUCGCUCGUCUUAUAGAAGUGAAGAAUGGUGUUCGUGUCAAACUUCAACUUUGGGACACAGCUGGGCAAGAACGGUUCAGAACUAUUACUUGGUCAUACUAUAGAAAUUCUGUUGGAGCUUUACUAUUAUAUGAUAUUACCAGGCGAUCAAGCUUUGAGCAUUUAGUUGAAUGGUUGUUUGAAGCAAGAAGGCAUAUUGAACCUGGAAGAGCAGUUUUUGAAGUUGUUGCAUGUAAAGUAGAUUUGGAAAGCAGUAGGGUUGUAAGUACAGAAGAGGGGCGAGCCUUUGCUGAAUCGUAUGGAUUGUCUUUUAUUGAAACUUCAGCAAAAACUGGUUACAAUUUAGAAAAUGCUUUUACAAAUAUUUCACAACAAAUAUAUGACAAAAUUCAAAAUGGUGAAUUGAAGAUGCAAGAUGGUUGGGAUGGAAUCAGAACUGGAUUUAGUCGAACACAGAAUACUGUUCGAUUAAUGGAAGCUGAAGUAGAAAGAGAUGGCUGCUGUUAAUUUCUAGUAAAGAAGCUUUUUAAGCUAGUUUUAAACAGUAAUUAUAUUUUGUUACAUAUGGUGACUACUUAGUGAGAUCAAUUUAUUUUUCCCUUCUCCCACCUAUUAUCCAAUUUCCAAUAAUUUAAAAUUUAUUUCUGAAACAGAAAAAAAUAAUUGAAGCAUAUAAAUAAAUGGUUGUAUAAGAAAAUUGAACUAAAUUAAUUGAAAAUUGAACUUGUUACACUACAAUGUAGGCAAAGUAUUCCUCCAUUGUCAUUAUUUUUACUAUAUUUUUCAUUUUGAAUUUUUAAAAUUAUUUAUUUGCAUGUAACAAAAUUAAUAAAUUACAUCCAUGUUUAUAAAUGUAAUAAGCACAUGAAUAGAACUUACAAUGAUUAUUACAAAAAAUUAUAUAGUAUUAUUUUUCUAUAAAUGUUCAUUUGAUAUUACUAAAUUUUGUGAAUUAGGGUGUACAAAUGGAAGUUCAUCAUGUCCAUUAUAAUGGGGCGUAAUGAUAUAUUUGCCAGAUGGUUGGUGCAAAAUGUAUAUUCAGAUUAGAGUUGUGUUCUUAUAUCAAGAAUUAAGUCACAGAAUUGCUCAUUUAAUUCAAAUGGACUAAAUUAGCAAUAUACUAUUUGCAGUAAAAAAAUAGUUAAUGCUGAUCUUCGUUUAUUUAAAGUUGGUUGGCAUUUCUUGCUUUCCAAGCAUUUUAUUUGCUCUCUCUGAAAGAGUGCAUUUAAUUUGAAUGCAUUUUCUUCAGUUUAUCCUUUAUUUUUUACUAUGAAUUCUUUUUCAUAUAACAUAUAUUUAUUUAUUUGUUUUAAUUAAAGCUGCAGUACAAUGAAACUAUUGUUGGCUAUUUAAUCUGUUAGUGAACAGAUAUAUUGCACUAUGUAACAGCGUUGGCGUGAUGUUUUUUUAAAUGUUGCAAUUCAUACUCUACAGUGUUAAUUUUAAAUUAUAUUAGAGUGAUAAAUGUUAAUAUUUUUGUUAGUCUUUGUUUUUGUAAAGGUCCUGUAAUUUUAUAAAAUUAGCAAUAAUGCUACGUGUAAAUGUUUAGUCAACAUCCGGUUGUUAAGUUUUCCAAAAUAAAUUAUUAGAAGUAGAAAGGUCAAAAAUUAAAAUUACAAUUCAUAUUUAGUUAGAUACCAUAUACUUGUUUAGCAGUCAAUUAAAACUUAUUUUAUUAAUGGAUUUGUAUAAGCUUAUAUUCUCAAAGUUUGAAAUGU